AUUUUAGAAAGAUUUUUAUAUCAAUUUAAGUAAUAUGAAUCUAAAGAUAAUUAGCUUUGAUGUUAAGGAUAUAAGGUUUCCGACUUCUUUACGUCAAGAUGGAUCAGAUGCCAUGCAUGCAGAUCCUGAUUACUCUUGUGCUUACGUAACUUUAACAACAUUAUCUGGCCUUGUUGGAAAUGGAUUGACAUUUACUCUUGGUCGAGGCACAGAUUUGGUAGUGCAUGCAAUUCAAUUGAUGAGAUACCAAGUCAUUGAAAAAGAUGCGCGAGACAUAUUCAAUAACUUCAGUUCAUUUUGGAGAGAAAUAACAAGCAGUUCACAAAUGAGAUGGAUCGGGCCUGAAAAAGGAGUUGUGCAUUUAGCUGUUGCCGCAAUAAUUAAUGCAUUAUGGGAUUUAUGGGCAAAAUGUGAAGAAAAACCAUUAUGGAAGCUUUUAUCAGAAAUGGAUCCUGAGAAACUUGUGUCUGUGAUUGAUUUUCGCUAUAUCUCUGAUGUCAUUACACCACAAGAAGCAAUUGAAAUGUUGAAGUCAAUGGAAGCAGGUAAAGAAAAGAGAACUGAAGAACUUCUGGUUAAGGGUUAUCCUGCAUAUACUACACAAAUAGGUUGGCUGGGAUAUUCUGAAUUGCAUUUUAGAGAAUUAUGUCACAAAUAUUUAGACCAAGGUUUUACUGCAUUUAAAUUAAAAGUAGGAAGCAAUAUGGAUGAUGAUAUUAAUCGUUGCAGGAUUAUUCGUGAGAUAAUUGGUUGGAAAAAUCAAUUGAUGUUGGAUGCUAACCAAAUGUGGGAUGUGAACGAAGCUAUUAAGUGGAUGGAAAACUUAAGUGAAUUUAAACCAUUGUGGAUAGAAGAACCUACAUCUCCAGAUGAUGUUUUGGGCCAUGCAAAUAUUUCUUCUGCAUUAAGACCCUUAGGAAUUGCAGUUGCGACAGGAGAAAUGAUAGCAAAUCGUGUAAUGUUUAAGCAAUUUAUGCAAGCUAAUGCUAUGGAGUUUUGUCAAAUAGAUUCUGCCAGGAUAGGAGGGGUUAAUGAAAUUUUAUCUGUGUAUUUGAUGGCAAAAAAGUUUAAUAUUAAAGUUUGUCCUCAUGCUGGCGGAGUUGGUUUGUGUGAAAUGGUUCAGCACCUACAAAUGUGGGAUUAUGUUAGUUUAUCUGGAACAAUGGAUGGGCGAAUGAUAGAGUAUGUUGAUCAACAGCAUGAACAAUUUAUGAAUCCUGUUGUGGUAUUGAAUGCUAAAUAUAUUGCACCAUCGAUGCCUGGAUAUAAUACUGAUUUAAAGGAAGAUGCUAUUGAAAUGUAUGAAUAUCCAAAUGGAAGCCAAUGGGUCCAAAUGUUCAAGGCAGGUAUAUUUCCAAAACCUACAUAAAAUCAUUGGAAAAUAUUGCCACA